GGAUGACUUUCCCAUCGCUCAAUACGCUAGCUCCACCUCUGGACUCAGUGUCACUAUCGCUGCCCCACCGGUAGGGUCGCUUGUACGGUACCGGGACAAGGUCGUGACCAAAAUGGGAGCCAGAGAUGAUGAGUACGAUUAUUUGUUCAAAGUGGUGCUGAUUGGAGACUCAGGUGUGGGCAAGAGUAAUCUGCUGUCUCGCUUCACUCGCAAUGAGUUCAACCUGGAGAGUAAAAGCACCAUUGGGGUGGAAUUUGCUACUCGGAGCAUCCAAGUAGACGGCAAAACUAUAAAGGCCCAGAUCUGGGACACGGCUGGCCAGGAGAGAUACCGAGCUAUCACGUCCGCUUAUUACAGGGGUGCAGUAGGGGCCCUUCUGGUUUACGAUAUCGCCAAACAUCUGACAUAUGAAAAUGUAGAGCGCUGGCUAAAGGAGUUGAGGGAUCAUGCAGACAAUAACAUUGUCAUAAUGCUGGUUGGGAACAAGAGUGAUUUACGCCACCUCCGAGCUGUGCCAACAGAUGAGGCUCGGGCCUUUGCAGAAAAGAACAAUUUGUCAUUCAUAGAAACAUCUGCUCUUGAUUCAACCAAUGUGGAGGAAGCUUUUAAGAACAUUCUUACAGAAAUCUAUCGCAUAGUGUCACAAAAGCAAAUUGCAGACAGAUCGGCUCAUGACGAGUCUCCCGGAAACAACGUGGUGGACAUCAGUGUUCCUCCAACCACAGAUGGGCAGAAAUCCAGCAAACUGCAGUGCUGUCAGAACCUGUGAUAGACCAUUUUCCUUCCUCACCUGGGCUUUGGCAGAAAAACCCUCUCUCAAACCAGAUUCUAUUAAUCCUCUAUUCUCCACGUCCUGCUACCCAAGAGCUGUUCCAGUCCUUUAAAAUGUUUAAAUAUUGCUGGAGAGAUUAGACUUUUUCCACUCAUUAUGAGUGGUCUCCUGUAUUGGAGUAAUGCUCACCUGAAGAUAGAUCUCUCAAAUUUUGGAGGGUGGGUGGUGUUUCAUUUUGGGGGGUUUGUUCCACUAUUUAAAAUAAGUUUCUGUGGCUAUUGUGCGUUUUUCAUUCUGUUAUUGUAUGUUUUUAUUGUUAAUUGUUCAAUUUUUUUUUUUUUUUUUACUAACAUUUCAGGAGUUCUUUUGUUUCAAAGAGUACAGUUCCUCCCCUUUUAGUUUUUCUUAAUGGGUAAAAAUCUCUGAUUGACAGGAGGUUUAAUUAGGCAAUAUUUUUUUUCCUUGGCUUUGACCUUGUAUCUAACCAGGAGGACCUGUUGCUUCUCCAUUUCCUGACCUAUGAGAUGACGAUAUCGUAUCUCUGAAAUUUUGUAGGGAAUAGAAUACAUUUCAUCCUACACCUUCCCCCACCAUCCACCACCUUGAGCUUUGUGAUGUGGCUACUAGACUUUAUGAUGACAAACCACAUCAUUAGAUCCAUUUUUAUGAAGACAAUUCUGCUAGGGUCAACCUAGUUGUCUCUUUAGUGUGACAUUAUGACUCUCCAUUUAGAGCUUACGUGGAGUCCCAAGGCAUCCAAGAUCCAGUUUUGUAAGUAUAGAUCGGGGUGUGUAUUUGUGAAUUUAACACAAAGGGGAAACUGACUGGGCAAAAGGAGUAAGUAUGCCCAUUUUUAGGCCUCUCUCCUUUUGCUUGCAGAAGGCUUUGUAGUUUGACUUUUCAGUUCCUCAUUGCAUGUGCAGUAUAGUAGGAGGAACUGAAGCCACCAAGUGGCUGAGUUCUGUAAAUAACCGUUAAUAAUUUGAGAGGCUUAUUAUUUGUAACUUUUUUUUCUAAGAGACAUUUAUGCAAUAUAGCAACACCACUAAUGCUUGAUAACCAAUUUGUGUUGUGCUGUCCACUGACAUAGUAGACAUCAGGUAUCGUUCCUAAAAGAGAAAAUGGGUGGGUGUAGGGAUGUGUGUUUAGUAACAUCACAGUUUUUAAUUUGAUGUGGGAAUGCAAAAACAAAAAUGCUUUCUAAGGUUAAAUCAGCAGUGUCCCCUACUUGGUCAUUUUUGGAAAAUCCUUAUAUGCAACAAUGAGUCUCUAUAUAGAUAUGUGUAUUUAUAUGGGUAGCCAUAAAUAAAGUAUGUUUAUCUAUAUAUGAAUUGCUUUGUGUAAAGGUAUAUAUGUAUAUUCACAUACAUAUGUGUGUCCUUUAUAUAUAGAAGUCUACACUGAUCAAUACACAUGUGUAGAUGGGCAUAUAACUAUGUGUAUAGAUAUUUUAUACACACUCCAUUUCAUGUGUAUGCAUAUAGAUCUAUGUAUAUAUAUGUAUAUGGUUAUAUUUAUUAGUUUUCAGUAGUAGAGUGAACCAGAAUAGGACAAAAAUGUCAUAUGUCUGCUAGUGAGGCAAGCCUGUUUUACUCCUGCAGGAAUUCUGUAGGUAUAUACGCUGUGUGUGUGUAUAUAUAUGUUUUCCUUCUCGUUUCUUUUAUUAAGUACUUUUUCAUUAUACACUUUUCUGCUCAUGGCUAGUAACUGCAACCACCCACUCCCCCUUCAUAAUAAAGUAUUACAGCUUAGAAUAAUUUUCCAUUUUUUUUUUUUUAUGUACCGGCCAGUAGGUAGCACUGUCUCCCCCUCCCCAAUGUCUUAUUUAAAAAUAAACAUGCGUCAAGACAAACACCUCUUUUGGCUAGUGCAAUCAAAGACCUAUGUUUUUGUGUCGUAGCAUUACAUGAGUGAUACCAAUAUGUCUGUGAGUUCAAUGCAGGAGGUGCCAUAAUAUUGCUCUGCUGCCUGAACAAUGAUCAAAUAGUUUAUCACCUUCAGUGGUGAAAAUCUAGCAAUUUAAUGCAGCACAGUUUGUUGCCAGCUUUUAUAAAUGGAAGAUAUAAGCAGUGUAGGAAGCCUUUUUGUUUGUGUUUUUUUUCAAAGUCAAAUCUUUUACAGGUAUCACUCUUGGUUCUACCACUGCACUGAUAUGCCUGUAAACAAAAUGACUACUUCCAAUUCUUCCUGUUUAUUUUAACUUUACCAUUGCAGUCCUUAUAUAUUUUUUAACACUACAGUGUAUCUGAAACAGAGAUUUGUAGUUUUUUUUUUUUAUGGCUAACUACUUAAUUCUACUUAAAUCUUAUCCUCCAUUAUUCUAUUAGAAGGUGCCUGCAAUCCAUUGCCAGAUAGGGUUAAUAAUGCCAAGAUCUGCUUUUGCCUAAUUCUGCCUGAAUUAUACCAAAAAAAAAUUGUUCACGCUGGUUCUGAAAAUUAGAGCAGAUUUACAAGUGCAUUCCACAAGCUAACUUAGCCUGUGUCUAAACUGUGGUUUAGAAUACAAGUUUUUUUGGUGCAUACAAUAGACUGUCGUGAUUAUCACUAGUUAAAUUUUCUUUUCUUUUUUUCCCUGCAGGUUGAUAUUGAGUAUCCACAUACCUUUUUUGCAUGUUGAUCUGUAUUAAUAAUGUGCAUUGUAAUGCAGUUUUUUCUUUUUUUUUUUUUUUUCUUUUGUGAAUCAUGCGCGAGAAGUCUUACAUUCCGAUAACGGUCUUGUUUUCAGAUCAUUUAAUAAAAUUAUAAUUAGUGAC